GUCACUCAAACACCCUCUCCGAUGCGGCUCGCUAGCCGGGGUUAGAGCAGCUGGGCUCCGGGGUAGGCUGAUCAGCGGUGGGAUCAGUGCCGUGGAGUUGCCGAAGGCUAGGCUCUUCCGGAGUGUGCGAGGCUUCCACUUGCAGCUCGGCCACGCCAGUCUGCCUUGGCGCCUGCAGUGUCCCCGGUCCCUUGCCCUCGACUCGAACCUCCCGGCUCUCUCCUCCGCGUCUGGGGGCUUCGCCACGCCUUAGGGGGAAGGAUUCCGGAAGCCUGCGGGGCUGCAAGUGAGCUCUUGUACCCGCCCGGACGGUCUCCUUCCUUCUCUCUGAGUUCUGCCUGUCCUUCAGGGCUUGGCCCGGGCUCCAUCGCUUAGGGACGUCUUCUCUGCUUCGCCUGCCCACCGGGAUUCCUCUCUGUGUGAUCUUCCUCAUCGGACGCUUUGCUUUGAUCGUGGUCUUCACCCUCCAGUCUUGUAUCUUCGGCCGAAUUGUGAGUCCUUAGGAGGUUCAGGACCUGGGCCCUCCUUUUCUUGAAUGCCAUUCAGAGUUUAUUGGGUGCCAUGCGUUAUAAUGUAUACUCUCUUAGGUAUUUGAGGAUUGCUUUUUACUAUGACUCCUGAAGAAAAGAAGUGUUAGGAAUCCCUUGGGAUGCCCAUUUGUUGACCAUUUUGCAGACUUUGUACUUAGAUCAUCUCCCUCUCGGAAACAAGGAUACUAAGAGCUAACACUUGUUGAAUUCUAGUGGUGUAUUAUGGCAAAGCAUUUCAGCAUCCAUUAUUCACUUAAUCCUUAAAUCAGUUCAAGGAGAUAGGUAUAAUUAUUCCCGUGCUACCGGGGGGAAACUGAGGCUUACGUAAUUUGCCAAAGUUCACACACUUAGUAAAUGUAUAAGUUUUCUAACUGGGUCUGUUGAUUAUUUUUUCCAUUUCUUUUUAAAAUUUGUUUUUUCUUGUUUAUUUUUUCCCGUUUUUUAAAAUGUAUUUUAAUUUUAUUUUAUUUACUUAUUUUUUAAAACCAGGUCUAUUGAAACCAGCAUCUGUGGCUGUGAUGUUGGUGUCCCGCUCUACGUUUAAGGAAACUAGUUUAGAGAAGCUAGGUGAUUUGCCCAAAAUAAAGUAUCAAUUUGUAGGUUAACUUAAACAUUUAAAGACUUCAUUGUAGGUGUGUGCUGGCCCUGUGGAUAGCAAUGAACAAUGCACGGACCAGACUUUCUAGGAGCUCACAGCUUAAUUGGAGGAAGUUGACAAAUACUUAUUAAAACAUGUUCUGGUUGUUGUGUGUACAGAUAUGAUGGCUUUGGGAAGGAGGGAGUCAAGCAAGGAGAGGUAAGACGGGCAGGCGUGGGGGUGAAGGGAGCCCUUCUGCCUGGAUUUGAAUUCUGUUUCCAUCACUUCCUAGUUUUAUGGUCUUGAGUAAAUUUCUUAACCUAUCAGAGAGUUUUGCCUAAAUUUCAGGUCAUUCUGCAUCUCUGGUUAACCUGUCUCCUGGGUCUGACGCACCAGUCUAGCAACAGGGUGAAGGCCAUGCCACCCCCAGGGAAAGUUCCCCGAAAGGAGAACCUGGGGCUGCAGUGUGAGUGGGGUUCCUGCUCCUUCGUGUGCUCGGCCAUGGAGGAGUUCUGUGAGCAUGUCACGCAGCACCUGCAGCAGCAUCUGCACAGCUCGGAGGAGGAGGAGGAGGAGGAGGAAGAUCCCCUGGAAGAAUUCUCCUGCUUGUGGCAAGAAUGUGGCUUUUGUUCUCCAGACAAUUCUGCUGACCUCAUCCGCCACGUCUACUUCCACUGCUACCACACCAAGCUGAAACAGUGGGGGCUGCAGGCCUUGCAAAGUCGGGCAGACCUCAGCCCCUGCAUCUUGGACUUCCAGAGCCGGAAUGUCAUCCCUGACAUCCCUGACCACUUCCUGUGUCUGUGGGAGCACUGCGAGAGCUCCUUCGACAAUCCUGAGUGGUUCUACCGGCACGUGGAAGCGCACAGCCUGUGCUGUGAAUACCAGGCAGUUGGCAAAGUGGUGCAGUGUGGCUGGAAAGGCUGUACCUGCACCUUCAAGGACCGCUGUAAGCUUCGAGAGCACCUCCGCAGCCAUACCCAGGAGAAAGUGGUGGCUUGUCCCACCUGCGGGGGCAUGUUCGCCAACAACACCAAGUUCUUAGAUCACAUCCGUCGCCAGACCUCACUGGAUCAACAACGCUUUCAGUGCUCUCACUGUUCCAAGAGGUUUGCCACUGAGCGACUGUUGCGGGACCACAUGCGGAAUCACGUGAAUCACUAUAAGUGCCCUCUGUGCGACAUGACCUGCCCUGUGCCUUCCUCUCUUCGCAACCACAUGCGCUUUCGUCACAGUGAGGACCGGCCCUUUAAAUGUGACUAUUGUGACUACAGCUGCAAAAACCUGAUCGACCUCCGGAAGCACCUAGAUACCCACAGCAAGGAGCCAGCCUACAGGUGUGAGUUUGAGAACUGCAGCUUCAGUGCCCGCUCCCUCUGCUCAGUCAAGUCCCAUCACCGCAAAGUACAUGAAGGAGACGCAGAGCCAAGAUACAAAUGUCAUGUAUGUGACAAAUGCUUCACACGGGGCAACAACCUCACCGUGCACCUUCGCAAGAAGCACCAAUUCAAGUGGCCCUCAGGGCACCCCCGUUUUCGGUACAAAGAGCAUGAAGAUGGCUACAUGCGGCUACAGCUGGUUCGCUAUGAGAGUGUAGAGCUGACACAGCAACUCCUGCAGCAGCUACAGGGGGGACCAGGCCUGGAGGCAUCCCUGCACGAGAGCAGCCUGCAGGGCAUCAUUCUAGAAACAGUGCCAGGGGAGCCUGAUGAAAUGGCUGAAGAAGAACAAGAGGGCGGUGGGGGUGGUGAGGGGACAUCCCCCUCAGCCCCUCAGGAUACCCCCAGCCCUGUUGUCCACCUGAUGAAUCAGACCAGUGCCCAAGGCGAACGAGAGGUUGUCUAUUAUGUGCUGUCUGAAGCCCCAGGAGAGCCCCCCCCUGCCCCUGAGCCACCUUCAGGGGGCAUCAUGGAAAAGCUCCCGGGGACAGCAGAGGAGCCUCAGACCCAGAUGGUGUGAAGUCUGUAGAGCUGGACCAUUCCUACCCCAGGCCCUGGGGUGUGAGCCAGGCUGGUGGCAGUGCCCCUAGCGGGCAGCCCUUGUCAGUGCAUACCUUUGGGAGGCAGAGGGCUGCUGAGAGCAGUGUGGUUCCAUCUGGACAGUGUGGCUUCCAUAACUCUGUGACUAAGGACUUCCUUUUUCUGCCAGACCACAUUUUGUGGGGAUUUUGAGGAGUUUGGAUUAUUUGAGGGAGGUGGGGACCUCCCUGAGGUGUGUGUUUUGGGUUGGUGGAUAUUAUCAAGCUUUACCAUAAACCCCCUAGACAUGGUGGACAGUGAUUAAAUCCUUAGCCCCCAUUACUUCCCAGUUUUAGGGGUCAUUACGCCCAUGGGUGGCCUGUGACUGUCCCUACAAGGGUUCUUCCUCACAACCAGUGAAGACGUGGAGAGCCAGGCAGUCGUUUCCCUCUUAAGGAUCCCUCCCACAGCCUCAAGAACUUUUCAUGAUUAUCCUCAGGGAUGGGAUUGGAGGCACAAUAUGUGUGUAAGAAUUGUGGUUUUUUAUAAUAAACACUUGGGCUGUUACUCAUUUUUUCUUA